UUGUCCACCGGUCCAAAGAGUUCGAACGGCGUGCGCGGAUCGCGGGUUGUGUUGAGUUGUAUCGUAUCGUAUCGUACAGUUUGUUGGUGUUGUUGGACUGGAUUAAGUUCGAUGUUUAUUUUGCUUUCUACCUUUCAGUCUGCGUUAAGAUUCUCGCUAGAAUGGUGGAUACCUGGCCGUGGCCGUGGUGUGUCCAGGUUCCUCCAGGUCGGUUUGUCGUCGUGGUUCGGUAGUGAGUUUGGGAUUUCGCGGGGUCGUGCCUUUUUUUUCGGUGAUUUAGUGUAUAGUUCGAGUUCAGUGCCGAAAUCAUACAAACAACAAAUGGAUGUCUACCAGCUGGAUUCACCGUGUGACGGGUUGGGGGUCAAGUUGGACGACGAUCUGGUGGCGGACAUGAGCUUCGAUGCCGGUUCCGAGUUCAACCUGCACUUUUUCGACACCCCGGAAGAUUCCAACACCCAGAGUGGCCUCAGCGAUCACGACGAGUCGGUCGAAUCGAGCUCGCGGGAAACACCGCCAAGUCCAGGCCCUCCGAGGUUGCCGCUUCCGCCGCCACCGUUGGCCUUCGCCAUCGGGCACGAUCCGAUCUCGAGCACGAUCCUGGUUACGAGCAGUAGCGGUGGUGUAGGUUCGGCGGGCUCGAUGACGCUGGUCAAUCCGGCGACCUGCCUGGUCAUCAGCUCGUCCGAAAUGGCCAAGGUUUCGUCCAGUGGGCUGGACAAGCGGAAUGGCAGUGAUUUGCGAUCAGAGUCCCAGUGCGGCGUGUCGGACGCCAGCUCGACGACCUCGUCGAAGACGUUCGUCGCCUGCAAGGUCUGCGGGGACAAGGCGUCCGGCUAUCACUACGGCGUCACGUCCUGCGAGGGCUGCAAGGGCUUCUUCCGGCGGAGCAUCCAGAAGCAGAUCGAGUACCGGUGCCUGCGGGACGGAAAGUGUCUGGUGAUCCGGCUGAACCGAAACCGGUGCCAGUACUGCCGGUUCAAGAAGUGCCUGGCCGUCGGGAUGAGCCGGGAUUCCGUUCGCUAUGGCCGCGUCCCGAAAAAGUCCCGCGAAGCCGGAGCUUGCGCCGAGGAAAUGAACGUCUGCGUCAACUCGACGACACCAACGCCGGUGUCCCAGUUGAGCAGCAGCACCAACAGCAGCAGCAACCAGAGCAGCUGCGGUGGCGGCGGUGUCGGAGGAACGCCCACGCCGCCCUCAAUGCCAGUAAUUAGUGCCAGCAAUAGUAAUAACAACAACAACAACAAUAGCAUUAGUAAUAACAACAACAGCAGCACCGGGUUGAGCCUCGAGCCCGCAAUGACCAACUGUGCGGAGAUCAGCACGUCGACGGCGGCCAUCGUGGGUACGAUUCUGCCCGACUCGAUGACCUUCAGCCCGCCGGAACUGUCCAUCUACGAUAUCAUCCAGUGCGUGGCCCAGGCGCACCGGGGCCAUUGCACCUACACCACCGAGCUGGUCAAGGAGCUGAACCGGGUGUCGCUGGUCAACUACAGCGAGAAGCAUGACCUGAUCUACCAAUCGCUGGACACCGUUGAGGAUCAGCGGGUCUGGUUGUGGCAACAGUACGCCCUCCGGAUGACGCCCUCGGUGCAGCGGAUCGUGGAGUUUGCCAAGCGGGUGCCCGGCUUCGGGGAGUUUCUGCAGGACGAUCAGUUGAUACUGAUUAAGCUGGGCUUCUUUGACGUUUGGCUGAGCCAUGCGGCCAAGGCCGCCACCGAGCACGCGCUGACCUUUGACGAUGGGGUGUACGUGUCACGGCAGCAGUUGGAGGUCAUCUAUGAUGUCGACUACGCCAACGCACUGUUCAGCUUUGUCAGCGGGCUGAACGCGUGCGGUCUCAGCGAUACCGAGAUCGGCCUCUACUCGGCGCUGAUCCUGCUAUCCGACCGGCCGGGCCUCACCGAAACCAAGCUGAUCCUGAGGACACGCGAGUGCAUCGCCGAAGCGCUGCGCGUUCAAAUCACCCGAUCGCGCUCGAAUGGGGCCGCCGUUGGUUCCAGCGCUGCUGCUGCGUUGCAGAUCAUGCCGGCACUAGAGGCUAAGAUCCACGAGCUGCGCAUGCUCGGGGACAAACACUUUGCCCACCUGGAGUGGUUCCGGCAGAACUGGAGCUCGAUCCGGUUGCCGCCGCUGUUUGCGGAAAUCUUCGAUGUGCCCAAGUGCGAGGAGGACUUGCAGUAGGAGGAGAAGGGAGGCCAAUACUUUGUGAACAUGUGAGACUUGCCAAAUCUAUAUCAAUGUGGACGUUACUGUGUAGACCAAUUUAGAGCAGUGAAUGUGUUAGGACGGAGUUACGAUCAUCAUCACCCAGUAGAUAGCUAAUGAAACAAACACACUCUCUCUCUCUCUAUUUCUCAUUAUCAUGUGACGGAACCAGAAAAGCAACCGAAAACGAUAUCAGUAUCAUACCCACUUCUUACAUAUCAUUGAUAUCGAUGUGAAACCAGUAGAAUUUAACCACAGUUGACCUUUCCCACAACCGAAAAAAGCAAAAGCAAAAAUCAUAACCUAAAACGAAAAAAAUGUGGUGCUUCAAACUAUUUAGAUCAAAUCUUAUCGGACACGUAACUAUAGCAAAUAUACUCUCCCAUUCUCAUUGUACCCCUCAACCCUCCAGUGAAUGUCGUUUUUAGGAUCGUUAGUCAAUACGUAGGAUGCAUUUUUCUCCAUUCCAACGCAACAGAACCACAAAAAAGCAAGGCGUUAUCGAAGACAAAUAACUCUAUACACAUAAACUGUAUAACUUAACUAAUUAAUCUUAAAGCAAACAAACUGAACUGUGAAUUCCUUCUCGAGUAAUUGAAAGCAAAAUAAGCAACAACAACAAAAAAAACAAGCGCAAUUGUGAGCAACUUCUACCGCAAGUUAAAUUUUUUAAAUCGGAUUAGUUUCUUACGUAACAACAUUUAGCACAUUCAACCGAAAAAAAAGACUACCGCAAAACAAACAAACAGAAACAAGCUCUUUGAAUAAUUAGUUCAAAUUAAAGUUAGAGAAUAAAGACCACCCCGGCGUACGUGUGCGUGCGUGGCUAAAAGUGAACAAACUGGUGCUGUAUCUUUAAAGUGUGGUAGUAGUCUUAGGUCAAUUUUAAACAAACUAUAACGGAACGCGGCAAAUGGUGUAGCGUUUUUUUAAGGCGACCCGUUUCCAAUCAGCUAGCGAAUUUCACCUUGUGUUGAUAAGUUUUCAAUUAUUAUGUUUUUUUCUUCUCGCGUAAGAUCGACAAUCGCGCGUCCUCUAUGCGUUCGCACUGCAGAGUACUUAUUAGUUUCUAAGGAAUACCAUAUAUAAUAAAUAAAAUAUUUUUUUAUUAUAAUUGUAAUGAAAAAACGCGCAAAUACUUGCAUUGAAGCAAUGGAAGACGACAAUGGAACUCUAGGAGCUCAGAAAUAUAUAUCUAUCUAUUUAUACAUUGUUAUUUACGUACGUAGAACUUUUACAAUAUUUUCGCAAAAGCUAAUAGCUAUCGCAAACAAAAAACUGACUACUAGAAGAAAAAAAAAACUAAAUGAAUCCGCCUCCACGAAUCAUUAGUUUAUAGACCUGUUGUUACUUGGUUGUGUACUCGACUCUCCCGGGCUAAAAAGAAUGCAGCAAAUUUUAGAAGCAAAUCAAACUGAUUAGAGUGUAAGACAUUCCACCACGUUUUGUGUUGUUAAACUAUUGUGACCCCCACAAAUGCCACAGCCCUCCCAUUCCCCCCAGAAAUGUGCUAUGAAUAAUCGUUUAUUUUUCACUCAAACUCUUUCUGAAGCAAAGAACACACUCGAAGUGAGUACUGAGAACUUGUCCAGAUGGAAGAAAAAAAUAAAAAUAAAACUGAUGGAAUUAAUAAACAAUUGAAGUAAAUUAGA